GCUGGAACCUCUCAUUCAACUACCUGCCACUGCGCCAUCGCAGACUGAAGGCUUGAGGUUUCCAAGAAGCCCAACAAAUGUGCAGUCUGGCAGGAUGGAGUUGCUUGCGAGGACACCGUUGACUCCUCUGACAUGUAGAGGACGGUUUAAUCAUGCCACAAGCGUGGACCCAGCUGAUUUGGAGGCUUCCUCACCGCGAAGUCCGCCAAGAAGGCAGGACGAUCAGGUGCGGAAAGCCAAGCCACCGUUCUCACGGGUGUCUCAACUCAUCAACUCCAUGAACUUGUUCUGGCGUGACAUCGAAUCAUCAUUGACUUGCUUGCGAGCUUUAGCUGAUGUUUCUGCUCGAAUGCUGGUGGAUCGGAAGGUGGCCAACAUCACUGUAUUCAUCGUUGAUCCAUGGUUGAGAAAGGCUGUGACUUCCGGACACUACUCCAAGACAGAGCAGCUCACGAUCUUCUACCUUGGCCAGGGCAAGACAGAGCUGCAGGCCCUGCUACGGCUGGAAGAAAGCAAGGUGUGUCCGCCAGUGUUUACUGACCUGCAGGCUUUGCCGUUUCGGUCUCGGGUUUGUGCAGCCCUGCCCGUUCUCACACCGAAUCGGUCACGAGUUUGGGCAGUCUUGCAAGUUCUUCUUGAGGAGACUCGAGCAUCCGACAAUGAGGCAAACUUUGUACCGCGAGUGCUCCAAGACGCGGGUGUAUCCCAGGAGACUGGUCCGAGCCAAUCUACAUUUACAGAUUCGCAUGUGAGUUACUUGCAGCUGUUAUGCAGCUUCAUUGGUGGUGUUUUACUAUAUGUGGAACGGCUUGAGCAGAGAGCAAAAGCCGUGGAUCGCACGCGCCACAUCAUGGAAGCUGCCAUCGAUGUGAACAAGGCAAAGACCCUGGCUGACUUUGAACAAAGGGUCAAGCAAUUGUUCUCUGGGUUCUUUUGCGUGAACACCAUUCGCGUUCUGUUUUUUGAUCCGGACUCGAAGAGCCUUCUGAUUUCAUCUUCCCAGAUGCGCAAGAAGGGGGCAACGACCAUCAGCCUAACAAAGGGCAUCCUGGGCCAGUGUGCGCAGAAGCAACAGGUCAUCCACAUACCUGAUAUCCACCAGAAUCCCUUUGUCGAGCCUGUGACGGACGGGCUGCACCGCAAUGGCAGACCGGUGAACAGCCAUGCAGCGAUGCUUGUGGGGCCAAUGCUCGUGGAGUCUUCUCGCGGAGAUGACAGAUGGGGUGGCCAGGAAUUGAUGGGUGUGGUGCAGCUUCUCGAGAAGAAGCGGCGAGCUCCAGAUGGAGCAACCCAGUCAAGUGAGUUCACAACUGAUGAGCAGAAUCUUUUCCAACAGCUGUUGACGGUGUGCUCGCAUGCUGGGUCGAGAACCAUCAAGGUUCAGCAGCUGUCAGCCCAGCUCAACGGAAGCCCUUACAACGUGCAGGCACUCUUGUUUGGAUGA